CGAUAUCUUGUCCUUCCAUCCUGUUCACAGUUGACAAUCAAUGACUUCCAAGACAAUGGCUUCCAAAUUCGACCUGAUCGUGAUCAACGGGGUUAUCGUCACCGCAACAGAUGUGAUUCCGUGUUGCAUAGGUAUCAAAGACGGCAAGAUCCAUACUCUGGCCCCCGCAUUCACCAGCGAAGAGGUUGGAGAUGCCCGAAUCAUUGAUGCAGAGGGAGCAUACGUUAUGCCAGGAGGCGUCGAUGCACAUGUUCACUUGUGCCAGGAUCUUAAGACAGGACCUCACGGCCUUGGUGGCGAAUGUGCCGAUAACUUCGAGACGGGAUCUAGGAGUGCCGCUGCUGGAGGAACCACCACCAUGAUCACAUUCGCGACGCAAACUCGUGACGAAAGUGACCGGAGUCUGAUCAAAGUCGUCGAAGCCUACAAUGCCAGGGCAGAAGCGACAGGUAGCUACAUUGACUAUGGCUUCCACAUUAUCAUCGUUCGCAACGAUGAAGAUGUCCUGAAGGUUGAAUUGCCGGCCUUGGUCAAAGACUGGGGCAUAACGUCUUGCAAGCUGUUUAUGACUUACGAGUCGCAGCGUUUGACCGAUUCGCAGCUCCUGGAUGUGAUGCUGGCGUCGCAGAAGAAUGAUAUCACCACAAUGAUUCACGCAGAGAAUGGCGACAUGAUUCAGUGGUUGACAGAGAAGCUCGAAGACAAAGGCAUGGUCGCGCCAUAUUACCAUGCCUUAUCUCGCCCUCCAAUUGUCGAGAUGGAAGCUACGAAUCGAGCAAUUGCACUUGCAGGUCUGAUUCAGAAUCCUGUCCUGUUUGUUCACAUUGGGUCUGCCAUCGCUGCAACGAACGUGCGAAAUGCUCAGACUCAGGGCAUGCCCAUCUAUGCCGAAACAUGUCCGCAGUACCUGAACUUGACAUACGAUGACUUGCAAAGGUUUCACUCACCAACAUGUUUCGAGAACAGCAAGCAUGUGUGCUCGCCUCCCCCACCACCCGGGACUUCCGAUCAAGACGAAUUAUAUCUUGGUCUUCUCAACGGCACCUUCACUAUUUUCUCCUCAGAUCACUGUCCCUUUCGCUACGACUCCCCUCACGGUAAACUCACUGGUGUACUUGAAGACCCUAGCAGCAUGAAGGACGAAGCUCCUUGUGAAGGUGAAGCUCUGCAAGAUCUGGUCAAACGUAAACCUGGUAGUUUCCGUUUCAUUCCCAACGGCAUUCCUGGUGUGGAGACGAGACUGCCUUUGUUGUUCAGCGGAGGGCUUGCGACCGGAAGGAUCACCGCGCAAAAGUUUGUUGAGUUGACUUCUACCAAUCCUGCGAAACUGUAUGGUCUGUAUCCCAAGAAGGGAGCACUGAUGCCUGGAUCAGAUGCCGAUUUGGUCAUCUGGCAUCCUCAAAAGACCUUCAAAUCGUUCAGAUUGAUCAACAGCAUGCUUCACCAUAAUGUAGACUACACUCCUUACGAAGGAAAAGAGUUCGUCAACUGGCCUCGCUACACAAUACUUAGAGGUAAGGUGAUCUGGGCCGAAGGCGAGCUCACGGGGAAGGCUUAUGAUGGUGAGUACCUCAAGCGAGGACCAAGCUAUUUCGGAAAAGGUGCCUCAAAGCGACCUAUAGAUUCGAGGAAGACUGCAACUUGGCUUCACUAGGGCAUGGGCGUGACAGCUCUGCGAAAACACAUUCCAAGAUCCUUUCAUGCUAUCCAUUGUUCUCGAAGAUCUAUGAAGAAGUCUGAAAAGAAGCGCAGCAGCGACUGAAGCGAUUACGAUGUAGAGGCUGAUUCAAAUUAUCGCUCAUCCCACACGACUUGACGCAAACUACUCGCUGUAUC